AUGUACGAGAACAAACUGAAGCGCACCAACAAAAUGUACUCGAAGCUAACCGACUGCAUGAAUGAGUUGUUGCUGAAAGAAAAGGAACUGGAACAACGUAUCCGUUUGUGGGACGAGACACAUCGCUACGCGUCGUUCUACCCGAGCACAAGCGGCACACGUCCUACCGUUGUCAGAGCAGGCCCGCGGACCAUUAGAGGAUCAGAACAAGACAUCUACUGUACAGCUAUCGAUCCGCACACCUAUGGUAUUGAUGUGUCAUCAAGUGAGGAGGACUUGGUCGACUACCAUCGCGGUUCACCGUAUAGGUGCAGUCAGGCGAGCAGCUCGUCAGGGUUUCCUUCUUCUGUUUCGGCGACAUUCUCACGCCAAUCUUCGUCGCGCAGCUCAAUUGGUGUGUCUCGACGCCGUGACAGCACCUUACGUGAGUCGCCGGUUCGCGGACAUCAUAGCCCGUUCUCACGUAGUCCAUAUAUGCGACAUUCGUCAUCGUCUCAGUACUGCGGUGAAUUGAUACGAAACUCACCGGCACGUACCAGUGGGAUGUCUGAGGACAGCGGCGUGCAAAUUUGGAACGAAUCGACGGCAUUGCCUGGAGGACAGCAUGUCGCCUUCUCCCAGACGCUGAUCCGUAAUGCAGAAGGCCGUUGGUCAGAUGGUCGGAUUGUUCAGCGACGAAAACCGAAACGCUCGUCGACGUUUCAGCGCGACAGCCCGGCUCGUAUACCACAAAAUCGUGGAAAAUCUCAGCGAGCUUCCUAUCCAUCACCAAUGCAUUUUGAUAUAGAUGCUUGCUGUGAUUGUAACAAUGCGAAUUGCUGCCGUCGACAACGGGCUCGUUCAAUGAUCCAGGAAAGGUCAGCGGAUUCGCCAACAUACGACUUUCCGACCGAGCUCAAUGUCUCUAAUCUUCCGCAGUCGUCGUCCUAUCAAGAAGCACUACGUGCUGCUGGCAGUACCUCUGUAAUGACACCGACGGCAUCCGACAACCGUCUUGUCCCCUUAAGUGAGCCGACUCCUCCUCAAUCAAUGGUCGUUAGCUAUGUAAACCCAAUACACCACCCUCCAGUCACGCCAUGCGUGAAUCCGCUUUCAUCGCCCGAGCUACGGAUCAGUCCGACACCCCCAGUGCGAAAGUUAUCCAACCAAUCGACAAACGCCGAGCAAAACAGUGAAGAACUAUUCUCGUCACUCGACUCGAACAACCCGAGGCCGAAUCCUCAGAUGCAGUCCGAUGCGUCCGCCGAGAACAGCACCGAUGACGAGAAGGACAUGGAGAACGGAAAUGUGCUCGACUCGUCUCUCGAUUCGCAAAAAGCCUUCAGCGCGCUAACAAAAACGAGCAGCGAGGAAGACAGCGCGGAAAAACGAAGACGUGAACUGAUCAUGAUGACCUCGUCGUCGACAAUGGCCUCUUCACUAGAGCGAUCUCUCGAGCAAGGCGCAAUGCACUCAGAUGGACUCAGCGACAAGGAAAGACGUGUACGAGCCGUGAAGAACACAAUUCGUGGACAUCGGCGAACGCAGUCGAACCCACAAUCAGUCGUCAUGUCGAUAGUCGACGAAACUAGUUCAGAGACCGAUUCUGACGACGCGAUCUGGUCAUCUGCACCAGGACGGUGCGUAAUGGGCGGACGUUUCUCUGUCUACUAUUUCUUGUAUGUGUAG